UUCUAUGAUCGCUGACUCCAAUUACAUUGACUGAUCGACAUUUAUUAUUUUACUUAAUUGUCGAUGAUACAUGACUUAUUAGUGGUUUGCUUGAUAGCAAUUGUCUAGUUAGAAUUGCAUCUGCGUUCAUUUUAGACGUCACUCAUGGCCGAAAACAACGCAGUAAAAACUACUGAAGCCAAGGAAAGAGGAGGAAAAACAGUUGUAAUCGCUUUUGAUGGAAGUGAUUAUGCUAAACAUGCGAUGAAAUAUUUUGCAGAAACCAUCUACCUGCCUACAGACAAUGUUGUUGUCGUAUAUUGCGUUGAACUCGGAGAUGUCAUAGCAACAGAAAGAACAAUAUAUGGCUUAAGUCAAGCUGGAGCACAUAUCUCAAUCGAUCACGGCGAACUCAAUGAUCUAAUCCAGAGGGAGAUUGGAAGAAUUAAGAAUAAGCUUGUAGAGUUUGCUGCUUAUAUGAAAGAAAUUAAGUUGAACGGCACAGUAAAAAGUACCCAUGCAAGUUCUCCAGGACUUGGAGUUAUACAUGUGGCAAAUGAAUUGAACGCUGACUUUAUUGUAACCGGAAGUAGAGGUUAUGGCAGAUUUAGGAGGACAUUGCUAGGGAGUGUCAGUGAUUACAUAUUACACCAUUCGGCUGUGCCUGUAAUGGUGGUCACAUAUCCCAAAGAUCACCACCACCACCACCAUCACCAUAAACAUAAAGAAUAAUUUUUGUGAGAGAAAUGAGGCGACACAAACGAUAUACAGACAAUUGAUAUCUCUUCACUGGUACUGAAAGAUUUGGAGGAUUUCAUUGUAUAUUUAGAUUAUGCAAUUCUACUGAAAUUCAGAUGCAUAUCUCUUAGUUUGAUCUAAAAUAACUAGGGCUCUUGGAUAAAGAUAGUAUCAAGUUAGUGUUGAUACCCUUGAAAGUGUUAAUAUGUGUUUGACUUCCCGAACUUUUGUUCUCGAAGAACGUGAUGAAGGUUAUCUUAGAAACAUUAGUGUCAACACUUUAUUUUAGAAACAUUUGUGUCAACACUUUAGUCAAUAACUUUGCGUUUAUUUCCGAACAUUCUCAAUAAUGUGACUACUAAUGAUCUUCUAGCACAAUUAAGAUGUAAAGUAAUGACAAAUGCGUAUCGUGCGAUGACAUAUUAUUAAUUUGCAUGUGUUAAGUCAAAAGCUGAAAAUUGUUGAGAGUUACGUACAUACAUUAAAUGGAGUGUUCUCUAAAUACAAUAGCUUUGACAAAUCUAACUGAACAGAGAUACAAAGAGACUCUAGACUUACUACUUUUAUUUUAUUGUUCAUAUGAGUAGUCGAAAACUUUGCCAUCCUAGCUUUGUAUUAAGUUAAUCACAAUCGACAGCCAUUCAAUUAAAGAACCAAUAAUCAGAUGACUUAUAUCUUAGUGCGAUUAAUCGGACAGUGUCUACAAUUAACGUCAACUUAAGAUUAUAUGUUUUUCAUCAGGAAAAUGAAUCCCAAUGUUGCAUAUAUAUUUACAUUAGGACGUCCCCUAAUUCAUGUCAAAUCGUCAAUAUUUCUUAGUGAAUUACAUGUGUGCUGCAAUUUGA